GUUGUUUUCUGCCGUACCCGCCGUGCCUUGGCUACACGUCUGCUGCACAUGUGGAUGUUAUCAGCCUGCGCUCUGGGGUUACUGUGAUACCGGCCUCAUAAGGGCCACUAGGGGGCGCUGUAUUAAUGUAAAGAGCGCUCUGUACUCUGCAGGCUCCAUUCUCAUAGAGUUCUAUUGCCUGCAUAUAUACAGUGUCCGCAGUGUGAACAGACGCGGGGACUGCAGAGGAUUCCGAGGCGGAAGAGCCAUGCUUAUCCCGGAGCUGAGUAAAGAGACAGUCCGCAUGAAGGACCCAGAAAAAGUCAGACAACUGAUCCUGGCAUUAAAGAAUGGAGGCGAUAAGAAAUUACAGGUGAUCUCUGAUUUUGACAUGACACUGAGCCGGUUCCAAUAUAAUGGAGAGAGGAGUCCCACAUGCUAUAAUAUUAUUGACAACAGCAAGAUGAUUAGUGAGGACUGCAGGAAGAAGUUGAAGGAUCUCUUCAAUACCUACUACCCCCUUGAGAUCGACCCAAAUCGGACCAGUCAAGAAAAGUUCCCGCUCAUGGUGGAAUGGUGGAGUAAAGCUCACACUCUGCUCUGUGCACAGAAGAUUGAGAAGCAGAUGCUGUCACAGGUUGUGAAGGAGUCACAGGCGAGGCUAAGGGAAGGGUUUGAGGCAUUUUUUGACACCUUGCACCUCAGUGAGAUCCCUCUUUUUAUCUUCUCCGCUGGGAUCGGUGAUGUUCUGGAGGAGAUAAUUCGCCAGGCCGGGGUGUAUCACCCCAAUAUAAAGGUCGUCUCUAACUACAUGGAUUUUGAUGAGCAAGGUGUCAUGACCGGAUUUAAGGGUGAAAUAAUUCAUACCUAUAACAAGAAUAACUCUGUCCUAAGAGAUACUGAGUAUUUCCAGCAAAUCAGCCAUCGCAGUAACAUCCUGCUCCUGGGAGAUACUUUGGGCGACCUCACAAUGUCUGAAGGAGUCACAGCUGUGGAGAACAUUCUUAAGAUCGGCUUCCUGAAUGACAAGGUUGAGCAGCUGACAAAUCAGUUUUUACAGUCCUAUGACAUUGUCCUGGUCAGGGACGAAACCCUGGAUGUGGCGAACGGUAUUCUCAACUUCAUUACUGCCACGAACUGAUCGAUUCCAGCACACUAGAACUCCAUUAAUCCUCAAGCCGGUACGGAUUCCUUCCAUCAUGACAUAGGGAUGUCGUUGACUUCUAUUGUUGUGUUACCAAGACCCUUCUAAAAUGUGCAGUACUAAGCGGGGGGUGGGGAUGUCACUGUCAUGAAGAUGUACAAGAGGUUUAUCACUUUGGACGUUUAUGUUGUAUCUGAUGUUCUACAUGAGAAGAGGCUGAGUCUGCACCAUUGCGCCACCUUGUGGAUGCUCAGAUAGCAUGUCCUGUACGCAGUGUAUGAGAUUUACAGGAUCCAUUAUCUCUGCGGCAGAUUUGCUAAUCCUAUAGAUGGCAUAAAGGUAGGACGUCUAGACCUGCACUAGAUUUAUUACAUUGCCUGAGGCUGCUUUCACAUCUGUGCUUUUGCUGUCCAGUUUUGGGAUCUCAAAACCACAGCAAAAUCCUUCCAUUAUAAUAAUACAACCCGCCGUAUCUGUUCAGAACGGAUCUGGUUGUAUUAUAUUGAAAUUGAAGAAACCGUAUCCGGCACUAAAACCAUUUAAAGUCAAUGGGGGGCUGGAUCCGGUUUUUUCGUGUCCGAAAAAACCCCAGAUCUGGCACCAGUGACUUACAUGGUUUUUAUUGAUGGAUCCGGCUUCUUCGGUGUCCCAUGCCGCACACAAAAAUACUGCUUGCAGCGAUUCUGUGUCCGGCAUGGGAACGCAACAAAACGGAAUGGAAUGCAUUUUGGUGCACUUCGUUAUGGUUUGUUCAGUUUUGUCCCCAUUGACAA